GCUCCUUGGCGCUUAGCUGUUCGCCAGGCGCCUGAUACGGCGGCUGCUUCCCCCCCUCCCCCUUUCAGUCACACUCUGGGAGAAGAAGUAAAUAUAACCGGGAAAGUUUACGGGGAAAAACCAAUUACACGGCUUUCCCCUUCGGCGCUUAUCCACCCACAGUUGGAACGUAGAGAGGAAGGAGAGCCGAACUGACGUCUUAGUCUGCUGCCAUCCGAACAGGGCGGUUCAGGUCCCAGCGAGCUGCUGCACGUGUCUUCUUGAUGGCAACUUGCACAGCGGCUGCAGGAGCAAUAGAGCGGAUAUGAAGAGGCCUAACAUUUUACUCACAGGGACGCCUGGUGUUGGGAAAACUACACUAGGCAAAGAGAUAGCUCUGAGAACAGAUUUUACAUACAUUAAUGUGGGGGAUUUGGCUAAAGAAGAGGAACUGUAUGAAGGCUUUGAUGAAGAAUAUGAAUGCCCAAUAUUAGAUGAAGACAGGGUUAUUGAUGAAAUGGAAGAUAAGAUGAAGGAUGGAGGUGUCAUAGUUGAUUAUCACAGCUGUGACUUCUUUCCUGAACGUUGGUUUAACAUAGUAUUUGUGCUUCGCACUGAAAACUCUUUUCUGUAUGACAGAUUAGAAAACAGAGGUUACAAAGGAAAAAAACUUCAAGACAAUAUUCAGUGUGAAAUCUUUCAGACGAUUUAUGAAGAGGCCAUGUCAUCCUAUAAAGAAGAAAUUGUACAUCAGUUGUCCAGUAAUACUCCAGAAGAUAUGGAGCGGAAUUUGGAUCAAAUUAUACAGUGGAUUGAACAGUGGAUAAAAGACAACAACUAAUUUUGGGGGGAAAAAAUCAAGAAAUAGAACAGCGAUAACUAGAACUUGUGCUUUCAUUCAUUGAAGAAACAGUAAUAGUUGUUUCAUUCAGGAUGAAAAUUAAGUCAAGGAGGCCACUGAGUGUUCACUUUUAUACUGUGCUCUUCACUUAGACUCUAUGAAAGCAGGAGUCAGAUAUUAAAGAGUUAACUUAAAAAUCUGAAAUUAUACUAAAUUGGAUAUCUAAUACUUCGAAUAAAAAUAUUUGAAAAGGUGGGCAAUAAUAGUUCUAUAGAUAUUAUGGCUGCCAAAAUCUAAUUCCUGUACAAAGUUUUAUUAAUGCAGUGGAUCUUUGAGAAUCAUUUCUAAACAUGGGACCAUGUAACUUAAUAUAUGAAAAUAAUUUGAUUAACUUAUUAACAUGCUAUAAGUACCUAAGUGAGUUUGUGUGCAUAUUUUUGUUAUUUGUAAGCAAGAUUUGUUGCAGCUUAGUAGAAAUCUACUUUUUGCUCAGCUUAUUUCUUGUUAAAUAGAAGGCAUUCCCACCCCCAGAUUCAUUAACUCAUCUCUCUGAAAGUGAAUGCUGAUGGCAUUUUGCAGGAUUUUUGAAGCAAGUGAAUAGGUUGUAUGUGCCCAUAAUUACAAUGAUUCAAGAAGUGUCUGAUGCUGUUGCUUCAUGUUUUUCUAUUCUCUGCACUAGCCUGGUUCAUAAUAAUUGCUAUCAGAAUUCA